AUGCGCACCCACGAGACCCGCACGGAGGGCGUGCUCGACUGCACAGGCGCGCUCACCGUCCUCGCUACAAAGCUCACCGCUGUGGCGUAUAACUACCAGGACGGGCUCACGCUGCUGGAGGGGAAGGACGAAGGCGCGCAAGCCAAGGACGAGAAGGAGAGGAAGGAGUUGACCGAGGAGCAGAGACGGCGGGAGGAGCGGAUGGAGCGUUCGCGAUUGGAGCGGCGAAAGGCGGCGCUGGUUACCAUGCCGUCGGUGCUGGAGCUGAUGGGGUAUCUGUUCUGCUUCGGGCUGCACAUGACGGGCCCGUUCUUUGAGUUCACGGCGUAUGACGACUGGACCCGGCGACAAGGGGUACGCUGUCAAACGUGGCAUGUGCUUCCAUGCCCAUGCAUACCUUGUCAACAAUGGAUAGGUGGUCUGGCUGCGGAUGCAACAUCCAUAUCACCGGGCUGUCUUGUGAUGUCAUCUCCCCGCACCUCACCUCUCUGCGCGUUCCCGCCCAUCCCCUUCCGUCCUCACCACCUGCAGAUCUGGUCCGCGGGUGUCAAGCAGCCGCCCAUCCGCGCGCCAUUCUGCCGCGCGUUCAUCCAGGGCGUGCUCUCAGCGCUCGUCUUCCUGCUCGUGUCCCCCUCGCUCGACCUCACUCAAAUCAGCAACCUACACAAGAACCGCGCCCACCCCUUCCACGUGCGCUGGCUCGUGGCGCACCACGCGUGCAUCGUGUGGCGCUUCCGCGCGUACAUCGUGUGGAGCAUCACCGAGGCCGCCAUGAUCACCGCCGGGCUCGGCUUCACCGGCUGGGAGACCCCCACGGGGGACCCUGGGAAGGCCGGGGACGUGAAGUUGAACGGGGGGAAACUGGAGGGGGCGAAGGGGAAUGGGAAGGGCGGUGGGGAUGGGGAUGUGGGAAAGCAGGAGGGUGAUAGGACGUGUGCGACGCCUGAAGGGGAGGGGAGGCCGCUGUGGUAUCGGGCUCGCAACGUGGACAUACUGAGGGUUGAGUUUCCCACGAGCUGCCUCGACUUUGCUACCAAGUGGAACAUCUCCUACGGCCUCUGGCUUAGGCUCUACGUGUACGAGCGCAUGGUGCCGCCGGGCAGGAAGCCCACCUUCGUCCACAUGCUCGCCACCAUGUUCGUCAGUGCUAUCUCCCAUGGCUUGAAUUGCGGUGACUUCAUAUUCUUUGCCAAUUGGGCGCUUGUUGUUGCCAGCUCUAAAGCCAUCUACCAGCUGACGGCAGGAAUCCCCAAGGGCACCAUCACCCACCGCAUUGUGGCACUUCUUCAUACCCUCUAUAGCAUCUUCGUCUCUACCUACAUGGCCAGCGCCUUCUGCGUGAUGACACUAUCGGGUGCAUUCUCAGCCUAUAGUGGCAUGUACUAUAGUGCUCCGGCGAUGAUUCCGUCUCUUGACGAACUCCGUCGAAUGCUGGAGCAGACGGAGAGCGCAACUCUGACGGGAAAAGCAGAGACGGCGGGGAACGGAGGAUCAGAAGGAGAAGGAAUCGACGGUGAAGGCGGGAGAGUGUGGGAGAACGUGGCAAAGGCUUCUACGCGGCGGUUCGGGCAGAACGAAGGCGAAGGCGAGGAGGUGCGCGUGGUGCUGUAUCGCGACGACGCCGCGUGGUGCCCCUUCUGCCAGCGCGUGUGGCUGCAGCUCGAGGAGAAGCGCAUUCCGUACCGGGUUGAGAAAAUAAACCUCAAGUGCUACGGGCCAAAGCCUGAUUGGUUCUUGGAGCUCGUGCCCAAUGGCAUGCUGCCAGCUAUCCAGCUAGACGGGCGAGUGAUCACAGAGUCCGUGACUAUAAUGAAGGAGAUCGAAGCCGCCUUCCCAAGUCACUCGCCGCUCCUCCCCCCUCCCUCUGAUGCGCACGCAACAGAGGCAGCAGAGCAGCUGAUGGGUCUGGAGAGGGGGUUGACUGGGGCGUGGCUCAAGUGGACCAAGGGAAAGGAUGCCAUGCGCUGGCUUGCCGGUGGUAGUGGGGCCGGAAGCAGCAGCAGUGGGGGUAGCAGCAGUGUGAGCAGUAGUGGCAGCAGUAGCAGUGGCGAGGGUGCAGGCGAUGAGGAGGAGGGGGAGGGGCGGAGGGAGUUUGAGGCGGCAAUGGAUGCCAUGGAAGAGGCUUUGGUGAAGAGCGGAGGGCCUUACUUCCUUGGGAAAGAGCAGUUCUCCCUUGUUGACGUGACCCACGCGCCUCUCCUGGAGCGAUUCGCUGCCAGUGCACCGUACUGGAAAGGCCUCACAGUGCGGAACAACCCUCGCUGGCCGGCGCUCUCCCGCUGGUACGACGCCAUGGAUGCUCGACCCGCCUACCUCCCUCUCAAGUCUGACGAUUUCUCCAUCACCCACUCCCUUGUCCCGCAAAUUGGGCCGGUGAUCGCCAGCACCAAUCCAACGGCUGUGGCGCGCCGGGCUUUUAUUGAUGGAUGGGAUGGGACGGGUGCAUGGGAUCUGCCACUGGGGGAGGAGGAGACGGCGUGGGGGAGGGAGGAUGGGACGGGGGGGGAGGGGCGGAGGGCGCAGAGAGAGGUGGUGCGGGCGAUUGUGGGGAAUCAUGACAGGCUAGUGGCCUUUUGCCUGCGUUCUUUGGGGGAUUCUGCACAUGUUUCAGCCGCUACGACUACUGGGGAUGCUGCUGGUGCCAUGGGUGCUGGUGCCGCUUCUAUGAGCAGCCAGACUCAUGCGGACCAAGCUGAUCCACAGCAGCAGGCCAUCACAGCGGAAUGCCUUGCGCCAGCUGUCAGCGAGGCGUUGCGCCACGUGGCGCAUGCACUGCUGGUCGGCACAGAAGCAGCAGGCCCAUUCCCUGCCGUGUCCCAGUCACUUCAGAUGAUAAGUGGUGGAAGCAGAAUCAUCAUCCUGGCCAGCAUACUAUCCCUCUCCAUCACCUUCCCACGCGGCUGCCAGUAUCGCUGGCAUGUUGCUGACCCGCAUUGCCUGGCAGCAGUGGGAGGGGACAAGGAGCAGGUGGCAUCUGGGUGGUGGGCUCGGGGUUUGUUGUAA